AUGGUCGGGCGGGCGGGCGGGCGGGCGGGCGGGCAUUUGGCCGGAGCUUGCUUCGUUUUCGUUCUGACCAACCAAUCACAGGCCUGGGUUUCAGCUCACGGGACAGGGAGAAUCUGUAUAUAUAGUCCGAAAUCAAAAAGCGCCUCACUCACUCACUCACACCCCUCUGUUCGUCGUCGUCGUCGUCCGUCGCUGCCAUGGCUCGUACAAAGCAGACAGCUCGCAAGUCUACCGGUGGGAAGGCGCCUCGUAAGCAACUUGCUACGAAGGCGGCUCGUAAGUCCGCGCCUGCCACCGGAGGUGUCAAGAAGCCCCACCGUUACAGGCCGGGCACUGUGGCUCUCCGUGAAAUCCGCCGUUACCAGAAGAGCACUGAGCUGCUCAUCAGGAAGUUGCCCUUCCAACGUUUGGUGCGCGAGAUUGCUCAGGAUUUCAAGACUGAUCUCCGUUUCCAGUCCUCUGCUGUCAUGGCUCUGCAGGAGGCUUCCGAGGCUUACCUUGUCGGUCUAUUUGAGGACACAAACCUCUGCGCUAUCCACGCCAAGCGCGUCACUAUCAUGCCAAAGGACAUCCAGCUUGCCCGCCGCAUCCGAGGCGAGCGUGCCUAAGCAAGCACGUGUUAGUUAG